AGCUCGUGAAGCACAUCAGUGAUACAACUAGGUACAACAUAACCAACCAAAACCAAUCUCAACAUGAAAUUCUUCACCGCAAUGUUACUGGUUGCUCUGGUGGCCGCUGCUAAUGCCGCUGUAGAGCAUCCACGCAAGCUCGAGCCCGCGAAGGGACUCGAGCCGUCGGUGCCCGAAGCCGAGGACCAGGCCGCCAGGGGCAGGCGAAGCCUCAUCCACAGCGCCUACUCGGCUCCAUUGACCGCCGCUGCCGUCGAGGUCGCAGCUCCCGUCGCCUACACCUACAGCGCCAGUGUACCUUACGCCUACUCGGCCUACCGCGCCUAUGCCCCUUACUACUCCUACCCGGUCGUCUACGUCUGAGGGCGAGGAGUGCGGAUGGGUUGCUUAAAUUUUAAACACUCGUUACAAUUUGGCUUAUCUAAUUACAAGGCCGGCCACCUACCUUACGCAUGUUUAACUAUAUGAUAAUUUGAGAAAUAAAUUUUAUUCGAGACAUCUAAGA